AUGGAUUUCGAACGUAAUGUAAAAAUUGUUGAAGAAUUGAAAAUGGAAAUGAAUUCAUUAAAAGAACAACUGAAAUUUCAACGUCCACAAACAUCUGACUUGAUUAAAAGUUUAUUUCAAUAUUUUAUCGAGAAAGCUGAUGAAGACAUUUGGCUUGAUAAAAGUGCAGCAGUUAAAGCAGAUAAUCCAUUCAAGGAGAGAUCAUGUUGUCCACUUUUAUAA